AUGAGUAAACGAUUGAGCACUCCCCAUCUAUUCAUUCAACUCCAGCAUUCAUUAAUCAAUAUUACGGGAGCUUGUCGAUUAACAAAAAUGAUUGACCUUCACAAUCAAUUCCUAUCAUUCAUUCACUUGUUUUUUUUAAUCUAUCUAUCUAUCUAUCUAUCUAUCUAUCUAUCUAUCUAUCUAUCUAUCUAUCUAUCUAUGAAUCUUUUCUUCAUUUCAGUUUUUCGUAUAUACCUAAUAUUCUCGGUAUAUUCAUUUAAUAUCUAUCUCAAUCAUUUCAUUAUCUAUCUAUCUAUCUAUCAAUCUAUCUAUCUAUCUAUCUAUCUAUCUAUCUAUCUAUCUAUCUAUCUAUCUAUCUUAAUCUGUUCAUAUGUAUGUAUGUAUGUAUCUAUCUAUCUAUAUACUAUACGCCUGCAUAUCUAUCUAUCUAUCUAUCUAUCUAUCUAUCUAUCUAUCUAUCUAUCUGUCACUGGCGUGUCGGCUACUGAAGAAGAUCAUAUUUUGUCAGAUUACCAAAUAAGAAAGCACUUUCUGCAUAGAAGACCAUAUUCUUUUCCUUUCUCUUCGGCUUAUUUCUUCAUUUUUUCUUUCUUUUCUUUGUUCUUUUUUUCUGUACCCUAUGGCUCUAUAUUCCUUCUAGUUGCCUUUCCUCUCUUUUUAUUUGCAUUGACACACCUUUCCUUUUCCUUCCAUAUCUUCUUCUUCUUUGGUGUAUCUGUUAACAACCUUUUCCAUUUUCCUUCUAUCUCAUCGUCUUUAACUGCUCUCUCCCUAUCUCUCUCUCCCUCUCUCUCUCUCUCUCUCCCUCUCUCUCUCUGA